AAGCAACGUCAGGUGAGCCUGAGAAAAUGGCUCAUGUUGUGAACUAGUACUACGCACGACGUCUGCUCUAUAUAAAAGAUAUUAAUUUCCCAAGGAAUUAUUAAUUUUUUUUAAUUUUAUAAUGAGACAUUGUUGUUUUAUGUCGUGAUUUAUUUAACUCGCUCGAAGGUAAAUUUCUUUCGGAUGACGCGAUGACGCUCCACUGGUGGAUGCAUUGGUUCUGGGUGACCUCGCAAAUCGUUGUUAUUUUGGGAAUUCCUAUUUCAUUGGAAACGAGAGAUCCAUCUAUAAAAUAUGAGUCGACUACUGCAUGGCAAAGUGUCACUGAUAAAAUGACAACAAAUUCUGAUCAAGUUUCAACCGAACCAGAACCUAUAAUAGCAAACAUGAGAAAAGCUAAAGCAAUUAAUUUUUAUCAACCGUCCAUUAAAGGAAAUUUAGCUACUAAUCCUUCGAUAAGUAGGCCGUCCACAAAUGCUUCCAUAGCUUUAAACAACCCCCAAGAAAAUCCCGAGUAUCGUAAUAACGGUAUCAUAAACCCGUAUACAUUUAAUCCUAAUGAACGUACUGCUAAUUUCUGGAGUGGUCAAACCGAAAUACAAAGAGAGGAACUGAUCGAUAAUUUUCGUACUAAAAAUGAUAAAGUUUACGAGAAACGAAAAGACACAAGAAUUACAUGGAUUCUCACUACUGUUAGACCGCCAACAAGACGGAAAAGUGAUGACGAAGAACCCGAGAGCAAAUUUCAAAACUUUAGUACUACCGAGGAAAAAGAUCUCACUGUUCUGCCCUUGAGACUUGAAGAGAGAAUAAAAUUAGUAGUAAAUAGAACCCAAGUCACGACUGGUGAUGACAAUGGAACGAUAUUUAGUACUGGGAUUUUCAACAGUUCCGAAGAUAUUGAAAUAGAUCAAGAACUAGCGGAACCUCGGGUUUCUUCAGCUACUAGAGUACCAAUUUUUCAUACUGACUCUACGCGGCUUAGUCGGGCUAGGAAUGCUUUUGUCAGUGACUUCCAAUUAGAUCGGGCGCAGGAUCGUUCUUCCCAAGAUGAUGAUGAGGAAAUUGACAGUGGAAAUAUUAUUAACAGUAUUAAUGUUCGACCUACGGCUUUCGAUAUUGCUCUCAUUACCGGAAGCUGUUUGGCUAUGGUUGUUUUUCUUAGUGCGAUGAUCAGUUUUGGAUUUAUUAUGUACAGGCGGAAAUAUUUAAAUCCACCGCAGACUUUGAACAGUGAUAAAUGCAGUAAUCCUGAUAGUUCUGGUUACAUCGAUGAUUCUACGAUUCGAGAUAAUUCCGAAGAAAUGUAUAGUUUGGACAAUGAUUCCUUUUUAAACUCUCUUGAAGCAAUGACAAUACAAAAUUAUUGGACAGACAGUGUGAAGCAUACUAAGCUAUGACAUUAAACCAUGAUGCUUUUAGUCUUAGAAAAUAAAUGAUAAGAAUAAGAGCAGUAAAAAAUAUUGUGUUGAAAUCCAGAUGAUCUAUGUGUUAUAAAUGAUCCACAUAAUUUUUGUGUUAUUUUUUAACACAGACUACUUGUGUUGGAAUUUCACAGAAAAAAAAAUAGCUUUUGUAAUAAUUUCUUGUAAGAAGAAAAAACAAUAUUUACUGUAAGUUAUUUUUUCUUGCAGUAUUCAAAACUAAAUUUGUGUUAAAAUUUAAAUACGAAAUUUUGGUUAAACCAGAAGUAAAUGCAACACUUUUUAAAUGCCAGAGGCGACACAAAAAAUGUUAACUUUUGCAUUUUAUUUUUGUACUACGAAUAUUGAUUAAAUAUAAUGUAUAUAUUAUUUUAAAGUUAUUAAAAGUGACAACAAGUAUUAUUCAACAUUCAACUAUUAUUUGAUAGUAGUCAAUGUUUUUCAGUCAAAAUUUGAAAACAAAACACGUGAUAAUUCAUACCAGUUGUAAAUAGUAAAUUACUUAGGGAAGGAAAGGGGGGCAAAACGAAGUACUUGAAGAAAUAUUAAGUUUUCGGGGACUCAAAUACGUUGAAUCUUUUAUUUUUUAAUGAUUUGAAGUGAAUAGAACAAAUGUUCAGCUACCAUUAAAAAAAAAUUUAUUUUGUACGGGCAAAGUGGGGUACCCCCUUAAAAAGGUCGAAAGAAAAAAAUUUCGGUGCCGCUACCUGUUACUCUCGAAUAAAAUAACCUUGACAAAAUAACCUAAAAAAUAACUUUGUUAUAAAAUAACCUAAAAAAAUUCACAUAAAUCUACAACGAUAAAUGUCGUACUUGCAGGUUAUUGUUGUUCAGAUUAUUUUAUAACAAAGUUAUUUUGUUACGAGGUUAUUUUGUUCGAGGGCAAUUUGUGACGAAACCAAAAUUUCUGGAAUUGGACACUCGAUUUUUGAGAAAAUUUAACAAAAAAAAAUCAAAACAAAGCUCAAUUAUAUUUAGAGAAUAUGGAAUGUCUAAGAAACAUUUUCAAAACUAAGCUUUUUUUCCAAUUUUGAAGGUAAUUUCAUUUAAAAAACCAAAAACACAUUUUUUUUAAUGAAAUCAAAUUUUUACAUCACCGAUAAAAUAAUUCAAAAUUAUAACUAAAUUUUUUUUGCAAAUAUAAUAAAAAUUUCAGACUUUGGUAAAUCGUAAAUUUGAUAUAUUAAUAAUCAUAAAUUUGAAAGUCAAAUUGACAUUCAUAAAUUGUCGAUUUGACUCUAAUUUUUAAAAUAAUUAUUUCGUGACUAUCGAGUGAGAUUCCAACAUAAAUUUAGUGUUGAUUGUAAAGUAGCACUAAAAUAAUAAUCCGAAUUAUUGUACCAGUUAACACUUUAAAGUGUUAAAUAGUAAAUCAAUCGGAAUUUUAAAGUACCCCAGUGAAAUGUGAUGACUUGACACAAAAUCAUCACUCAAAAUAAUUUAACACACACACAAUAUUUUUUACUGUGAAUGAAAAUAUAAAGAAUAAAAAAAAUAAAAUAUUAAAAUUAACAUCACAAAAGCGCAAUAUUAAUUUUCAAUAUUGUCUCUUUGUUUGUGAAAUAAAUAGUGCAAUAAACUUAUGUACUUAACUAUAAGUUGUAAAAUAGGCGAGUCGAAAAAAAAAGAGUGAAAGGUAAACACGAAAAAGAAAGUUGUAGUCUGAGUACAAAUAAGAAUUUAUUUUAGUUUUAGAAAAUAACAUACAACACAUAAGAUGGAAACAAAUGUAUUCAUAUAUAUGUAAAUAAUUUAAAUGGACGAGGUUUAAGUAUUUGAUAAAUAUUAAAAAUUUCUAUGCAUUAUAUAAGAUUUGACAUCACAUACGUAUCGUUAAAAUUAUUAAACAAAUCUAUUUGUAUUUUAAUUGUAUUAUUUUAUUUUUUUAUUUAACUUAUAAAAGUAAUUGGUUUUUUAAAAAUAUUUUUUUAGAAUUAGUAUUAAUUACGACAAUUGGACCAAUGUAAUGUAGUUUGUAGUUAAUUGCCUUUGUAUGACAUAUCCAUUAAUCGUUAAUGCUAUUCGUUUUUUAAUUCAAUUCACAACAGAUUAACAGUAUAGCGAAAAUUAUGUAGUAUUAAUACCGGAAGUACAUAUAAAUAAUUGUUUUGUCUACUAUUUCUUUGUCAAUAUUCUCUAUUAUCAUUUUCGUGUUAAAAAUUAUAUGUAAUUCUUUGAAAUUAGAUGUGUAAAAAAAUUUAUGUUCGUUAAGAAAGAGUGCGUUCAUUGUGAUAAGAAUUCAGAAAGUUUUAUUUUAAUUGUAAAAUUAUUAUUAAUCCAUUUUAUUAAUUAUUAAUAUACAUGAAUAAAAGAUAUAUAUUAUUAUCAA